AUGAAGUUCGUUAUUUUAUUGGUGUUGGCGUGCUUGGCUGUUUUCACCACCGCUGAUUUGAUCGAAUGCCAAAUGUGUGAAAUGUCGGUGAAGAUGGUUGUUCCGAUGUUGGGAGAAGAUACUAACACUAUCAAGCAAGUAAGUCUGAUUUUGAUUUGAAGUUUCUGAUUUCAAAAAAUUAUGUUUUCAAAACUUAGAAUUUGAAAUUUUAUUUAGACUGCGCAAUUUAUUAAAAUUAAUUAACAAUGAAAGUUAAAAUUGAAAUUCACAAAACGAAAAUAACUUCUGAAUUUUUUUAAACCCCCGACUAACCCUGAAUCGACAAAACUGUCACAUUCAGAACUCUAAAUGCCUACAAAGCGGUUAGGGAAGUUCGUGAACUCUUUGAACGUCUGUAAUUUUUCUGAAACCCCAAAAAUCCCCACAUUUCCAGUCCGUCGAUGCUGAAUGCAAAAAAGAGUUUCACGCCAUCCCAUUCGCCACCCAAAAAUGCAAAAAAUUCGUCGACGAAAAACUUCAACCAAUCAUCAACGAGCUCGAAAAUGGAACUGCUCCAAAAGACGUGUGCAAAAAAUUGAGCAUGUGUUAA